AUGUCCGUCACUACUGUUUCCAAAGAUCCAGACCUCAUCAAACUUAAUAAUAAUUCAACAAAUUCAACAAAUUCAUCAACUACAAAUGAUAAACCUAAACCUUAUGAAGUAAAAUGUAAAGAUUUAAUUAAAGCUCAUAAAGCUUGUAUGCGUAGUUAUGGAUUUAAUGUUUGA